AUGGGAGGUGCUCUAAUGACCUUGGCUACUUUUCUCAAGCAUGUCCCGAAUAACCAAUAUGUGGAGUUUGCCGCUUAUCAGCUUUCGGGAGAGGCUCAGCAGUGGUGGCAAGAAGAAUGCCGCUUGCUACAACUUCAGAAUGCCGAUAUCCCUUGGGAUGUAUUCCAAAUGGCUUUUUAUAAGAAGUACUUUCCUGAAUCUGCUAGGGAGGCGAAGAAGAUGGAGCUUAUGCAGCUGAAGCAAGGUUCUUUGUCUAUAACGGACUAUACUAGCCGAUUUGAGGAGCUUUGUAGGUUCUCUAGAGUGUGUCAGGGUGCCCCGAAAACCUAUGAAAGUUGGAAGUGUAUUAAGUAUCAAAGGAGCUUGAAGGAUAAUAUUAUGACUGCUGUGGCUACUUUGGAGAUUCGGAUCUUCUCCGAUCUUAUGAAUAAGGCGAGAGUUAUUGAGGAAUAUGUAAAGAUGAUGGCUUCAUCAAGAGAUACUCGUGGGGAGAACAACGAUCGUGGGCGUGAAAAGCAUUUUCAACACCAAUGA